AGUGUUACCAUUCGUUACUACUACCAACCAAACAACAUAUAGACAAAAUGACAUCUUCUCUUUUUAUUGUAAUGUUAUUUACAGUCACUUCAAAUUUCGAUUUAAAAUAUUUAUAAAAUUAUUCAUUUUAAUUGCAAUAAUUUAUUGAUUAGAAAAAGACUUGUUGCUAAAACUAUAGUUGGUGUAUGCAUUAUUUAUUAACAAGUUUUGUGUUCUGUGAAUAGAUAUUAAGGAUGAGCAUGUCUUAGAAAUUAUAAUUUCAAAAUAAAUAAUAAUAAUAAUGGAGGAGUUAAAUGACAAGUUUUAUUAUGUGUACAGUUCAUCAAUUUCAGAAAGAAUUCAAAUUAAAAUUGGUACUUUAGAAGGUAAAAGACAAAAACCCGAAUAUACAAAAAUCUUAGAAGACCCUAUGUUAAAGUACUCCGGUCUUUAUCAAGAUGGAUGUGCAGAUUUAUUUGUACAAUGUAUAAUUUAUGACAACAAUCAACCAUUGGCUUUACCAGUUUCCACAUCUUAUAAAGCUUUUACUCAAAGAUGGAAUUGGAAUGAGUGGUUAACUUUACCUGUACAGUUCAAUGAUUUACCUAGAACUGCUCUUUUAGCCCUUACAAUAUAUGACUGUUUUGGUCCAAACAGAUUGUUUCCUGUUGGUGGAACUACAAUUUCACUUUUUAGUAAGCAUGGAUUAUUUAGGCAGGGAAUGUUGGACUUGAGGGUUUGGCCAAACAGACAAGCUGAUGGUAAUUUUCCUACUACAACCCCAGGUAAAACAAAAAAUGGUAAAGAACAGAUGCAGAGGUUAUCGAAAUUGGCCAAAAAACAUAGAAACGGCUAUAUUACAAAGGUAGAUUGGUUGGACAGAUUGACUUUUAGAGAAUUAGAAAUGAUAAAUGAAAAAGAAAAACGAUCUUCCGAAUAUUUAUAUCUGAUGAUUGAAUUUCCUACAAUAUCUAUUGAUAGUAUACCACAUCAUGUCGUUUAUUUUGAACAGAAUGGCGAAGAAAUAGUAUCUGUAAGAUCUCAAGCUGAUUUAGUAACUGUUCCUGACCAAGAGAUUCUCAAGGAGAACCUAGUAGAGAGCAAACAUCACAAACUUGCAAGAUCUCUGCGAAGCGGACAUUGUGAUAAAGAUGCGAAACCGAACGCUACGAUGCGUGACAUUCUCCACACGAUCGUUUCCUAUCCCUCAACUAAAAAUCUAUCUAACGAAGAACAAGAUCACGUUUGGAAGUACAGAUUUUAUCUUAGUAGUCAAAAGAAGGCACUGGCGAAAUUUUUGAAAUGCGUUAAUUGGAAUCAACACAAUGAAGUCAGACAAGCUUUACACAUGAUGGAAAUUUGGGCGCCUAUGGAUGUCGAAGAUGCUUUAGAAUUGUUGAGUCCGAAUUUCGCGCACGCGGCUGUGCGUCGAUACGCUAUUUCUAGAUUACAACAAGCUCCUGAUGAUGAAAUUAUGUUGUAUUUGUUGCAGUUAGUACAAGCUUUGAAGUACGAAAAUUUCAAGACUAUACAAGAAGGUUAUAACAGAAUUUCUCCAAGUAGAGACUCUUAUUUUCCCACAGACGAAAAAGAAGCUCAAUUGGAAAAAAAAGAUAGUAAAGAAAGUAAUAGUACUAUCACAAACGAACCAUUAUUACAUCGAUCAUCCAGCUACAACCAAGAUACAAUCCUAGCUGAUCAAAUAGCAUCCUCGAAUGUUAAUAGUGUCAUUGAAAAUCCUGAUCAAAAAUUAAGCAGUCUUCCAGAAAAUGUUUUGCAAAACCCCAUAACUGAUAGUGGUAAUACGGAUACUUUGAGAAGUCACAUUAAUGAUGAGGAGGAAAUUCAGAACCUGGCUUCUUUUUUAAUACACAGGGCUUGCAAAAAUUUCAACCUAGCCAAUUAUUUUUAUUGGUACUUAUUGUUGGAAUGUGAGGAUCAAGAUACUAAUCUGAGGCAAGAUGUUGCAGAUGAAUCAGUUAGAAAUAUGUAUUUGACUGUGAUGAAAACUUUCUCUCAAACUUUGGCAAGAGGUAGCGAAUCUAUGCAAAAGAAACGACAUAUUCUAAGCAAACAACAAAAAUUCAUAGACAAAUUGGUGAAAUUGAUGAAAAUUGUAUCCCGAGAAAGUGGAAAUCGAAAAAGAAAAGCGGAAAAGUUGCAACAACUAUUAGCAGAUUCUGAUAGUAAAUUUAACUUUUCCAAAUUCGAACCGAUACCAUUUCCUUUAGAUCCCGAUGUUAUAAUAAAUGGAAUAAUACCCGAACAAGCUAGUUUAUUCAAAUCGGCUUUAAUGCCUUCAAAAUUACAUUUUAAAACGAUCGACAAUAAAGAAUAUGUUGCCAUUUUUAAAUUGGGAGAUGAUUUAAGACAAGAUCAACUGAUUUUACAAAUGAUCACUCUUAUGGAUAAAUUAUUGAGUAAAGAAAAUUUAGAUUUGAAAUUGACACCUUACAGAGUUUUAGCUACGAGCACAAAACAUGGUUUUGUUCAAUUCAUUGAUUCAGUAACUGUUGCCGAAGCUUUAGCCACAGAAGGAAGUAUCCAUAAUUAUUUCCGCAAAUAUCAUCCUCAAGAAAACGGUCCGUAUGGCAUCGCUCCAGAUAUAAUGGAUACUUACGUUCGUUCCUGCGCCGGUUAUUGCGUUAUAACUUACCUUUUAGGAGUAGGAGAUAGACAUUUGGAUAAUUUGUUGCUUACCCAAGAUGGUAAAUUGUUCCAUAUUGAUUUCGGUUACAUUUUGGGUAGGGAUCCGAAGCCUUUACCGCCUCCUAUGAAGUUGAGCAGGGAAAUGGUGGAGGCGAUGGGAGGUGUGAAUUCCGAACACUUCCAACAAUUUAGGAAAUUGUGUUAUACUGCGUUUCUUCAUUUAAGAAGGCAUGCAAAUUUGAUGCUAAAUUUAUUUUCAUUGAUGGUUGACGCCAGUGUUCCUGAUAUCGCUUUGGAACCGGAUAAAGCAGUACGUAAAGUACAGGACAAAUUGAGGUUAGAUUUAGGAGAAGAAGAAGCCGUACAACACAUACAAAAUUUAAUAGAGACUUCAGUUACAGCUAUAAUGGCAGCUUUGGUCGAACAAUUACAUAAGAUUACUCAAUAUAUAAGAAAAUAGAUUUGUACAUAAUACAAGCACGUUGUUUUUUGUAAAUAAAGUUUUUAAAUAUUCAAUUCUAUAAAUAAAGAUAGGUAUUUAAAUUGA